CGGUGCGUGUCUGUAGCGAGUUGAGAGCAAGCGGAGCAGCUGCCUUGUUGGUGCUACCUGGGUUUACCUUGGGUAGCUUUUCAAAUCUCCAGGUGUUCAGUGUAUUGCAGCGUGUUUUAAAUCUCUUGUCCUGCAAGUCUGGCGAUGUCUCUGUCCGUGUCUGAGAGCUCCCUGCUGAACAAGGGCGUGCGGGAUCAGUACAUGAAGCUGCCGCAGGGGGACCGGGUGCAGGUCACGUACGUGUGGAUCGACGGCACCGGGGAGGGUCUCCGCUGCAAAACCAGAACGCUGGACAGUGAGCCCAAGGUCCUUGAAGAUAUUCCCGAGUGGAAUUUCGAUGGCUCCAGCACCUACCAGGCUGAGGGUUCGAACAGCGACAUGUACCUGGUCCCUGUGUGCAUGUUCAGAGACCCCUUCGUCCUGGAUCCCAACAAGCUGGUGCUGUGUGAGGUGCUCAAGUACAACAGGAAGCCCGCAGAGACUAACCUGCGGAUGAAGUGUAAGCAGGCGAUGGAUCAGGCUACAGACACACACCCCUGGUUCGGGAUGGAACAGGAGUACACCCUGCUGGGCAUUAACAAGCACCCCUACGGCUGGCCCCAGAAUGGCUUCCCUGGGCCCCAGGGUCCUUAUUACUGUGGAGUGGGAGCUGACAAAGUGUAUGGGAGAGACGUCGUGGAGUCGCACUACAAGGCCUGUAUGUACGCCGGGGUCAAGAUAGCUGGCACCAAUGCAGAGGUCAUGCCGUCCCAGUGGGAGUUCCAGGUGGGCCCCUGUGAAGGUAUAGAUGUGGGGGAUCACCUCUGGAUGGCGCGGUUCCUGCUGCACCGGGUGUGCGAGGAUUUCGGGGUGGUCGCCACGCUGGAUCCCAAACCCAUCACCGGCAACUGGAAUGGAGCGGGCUGCCACACCAACUUCAGCACAGAGGCCAUGAGGAACAAGGGCGGACUCCAGCACAUUGAAGAAGCCAUUGAGCGGCUCGGCAAGAGGCACACCUUCCACAUCAAGGCUUACGACCCCAAGGGAGGGGCUGACAACUCCCGCAGACUGACAGGCUUCCACGAGACCUCCAGCAUCCAUGACUUCUCCGCAGGCGUGGCCAACCGAGGGGCCAGCAUCCGGAUCCCGCGGCAGGUUGGGCAGGACGGCUGCGGCUACUUCGAGGAUCGCCGCCCCUCCGCCAACUGCGACCCGUACGCAGUGACUGAUGCCAUUAUCCGCACCUGCGUCCUGAACGAGAGCGGGGAGCAGGAUGCAGCCUGACUCCCUCCAUCCAGCACAGGGCCGGCAGUGGCUCUUCAGGGAUCUGUGUUUUUAUUGUAGGACCUGUUCUGAAUGUUUCUGUUAGCUCAGCCUGGGUGUGCCAACACAUCUGUCUUCUGUGUAGGUCGUGUUUGUGUGUUUUUUUUUUUUUUUUUUUUUUUUUUUUAAUUUAAAUAGCAAAUGGUUAUUUUUAGAUUUGUUCUGAAUUCCAAUGGGUUGCACCUCCACUAGUCUGGUUUUAAGAUUUUGAUUUUAAAGUGACCUUUAAGUUCUUUGUAAUUAGUUUGUCUUUUGUUCAUUGAGAGCUCAACUUGUUCCUGUGGGUUUUUUUAUUAUUUUCCUUGUCCAUUUCGACAGCCGUCUGGUUUUUAAUUGUGUGUUUUUUUUUUUUUUUUUUUUUUUUUUUUUUUUAAAUAUUGGGACUGUAGCCCCUACUACCUCAUUGCUCUGUUUUGCAAUGUUCUCUUUAUAGCACCACUCCCAGUCCAUCCUAGGUUUUUGUCUGUUACAAUUGUUGCAAUUUUAAUGGUUAAACUUAGUUUCGUUCAGUGUCAAAAAAUGAAAUAGCUGCUCAACACUAAUGUCUCUUCCGGCUUUAAUGCAUAAUGAAAUGUUGUAAUAAAAUGUUUUGAACUGUA